UCAUUCAGUUGCUGAUCAAAUCCUUCAAUUUUUUACAUGAUCGAUAAUUUAGACAUGGAAUACAAAUUUCUGCAAUAUGGUAGGUCUACUUUAUAUCUUGUUUGUGCUUGAAGUUAAUUCCUUGACGUGACGGUCUAAAAUACUUACCUAGAUAUUUGAGUAUCUAAAGAAAGAAGAAGAAUCUAUUAUUAAUUAUUAAUCAUGGUUUUAUUAUUACGAAAUUGGAUUUUAAGCCGAAGAAAAUUGUUUAUGCAAGAAAUUGUAUUAUUCAGAAUUUCUAUGUAUUGUAAAUAUAGUAACACCAAGAACAUAACAAGGGAAUAUAAUAGAUGUAUUCAAAAAUAUACACCAUUUUUGCAAGUAAGACAUUUUUCUGAUAAAAAUAAUAAAGAAGAUAAAGAACUAAUAUAUAUAGGAACAAUGAAAAAUAAAAUCAGUAGCAUUAAAAUACUUUCUUUACUGACAACAACAAUAUCAACAAUUGCUCAACCAUAUAUAUUUAUGAAGCUCAUAGAAGAAGAUAGUCUAGCAAGUGUAAUAGCAAUUUUGACAUUGUUCAAUUUAUUUACUAUAGCAAAUCCUUUUUUCGUACAUUUGGCAACAAAAAGAUAUGUGAUUGAAAUGCAUUAUUAUCCUAAAGAAGAAAAAUAUAGUGCUACAAUAUAUACAUUAUUUCUCAGACGUAAAACGAUAAAAUUUACUCCAAAUGAUGUAACUGAAAGUAAAUAUAAUUUUACAUUACCACUGUCAACUUGCUAUGUAAAAAAUAAACCCUUAUUUUUUGUGCAAGAAAAUUUUAUAAAUCGUGAACACUAUUUUACUAUAAUGAAUUAUAAUAAACCCAUCGAUUUUCAAAUGGAAUCAUUAAAUGUAAAUUCAAUCAAUCAAUCUCCAAUUAUUAAUACAAAUCUUCAAAUAGAAAACAAAAAUGAAAAUUUGAUAGAAAAAAAAUAAUUUAACUUGUAUAGUUUCAUUUAUUACAUGGCAUUUUAGUCUAUAGUUUUUAUACAUUAUUUAAAAGCAGUAUAUAAGUUGCUAGGUACAAAAUAUAUACAUCAUCAUAUUACAAAGAGACUGUAUAUACUGAAAAAUAUAAUACCAAAAUAUUAACACAUAAGAUUUGUUAAGUGUUGAAUUUGCAGAAUAUUACAAAUCCCUAGUCAAUAUUUAUAAUUUUCAUUUGUUCAUUCCUUUAAUGACAUAAUCUAUGAAUAAAACAUGUUAAAUAAUAAACAUGAACAAAAUAAUGUAUAUGUAAUCUUAAUGUAUGUAAAUUUAGAGAAAUUCAUUAAAAAUGAUAUAAUAUUGCAAUUUAAUUAAAGUCAAAUAUUUUUUAAAUAUAGCCUCCAUACUUAAUAAUAGUUUUAAAAGUAGUACAAUAUAAUUUCGUAACCGUGUAAAAACGGCGAGUACGUUUUAUU